CAACAACAACAACAAAAAAAAAGUCUUACACAAUUGUUUCCUUCUCUUUACAUUAUUGCUAAGAUAACUUCUCAGCUUAACAUUCACAAAAAAAAUGAAAUGAUACACAUAUUAAUCGUUCCCGCAACAUGUUCCAUCCUCAGAUACACACAUACACACAUACACACACACAUACACACAUACACACACACAUACACACAUACAUACACAUACACAUACACACACACACACACACACACACACACACAUACCGCAUCUUACGGAGAUGAUAUACUCUCCACGUACGUGAGAAAUAAGAGUAUUGUUUAAUGUGGUUUUACAUAGCAUUAAACGUACGUGAACGACGAGAAUGUUAUUUAACGUUUAAAAUUAAACGUAUGUAAACAAUGGGAA